AACAAACAGCCCAAAAAGCGUUAUUAAAGGAUGCCGAUAUUACACAGUCACUUCAUGAGAUUAAAAUGAAGGAAUUAAAAAAUGAACUAGAGCAAGUUACGCAAAAUUCAUCAUUUAGAGAUGGAUUAAUUUUCUGUCUCCGAUCUAGAAUAAGUGAUCUGGAAGAUGAACUAGAACAGAUCUCUCUAAAACCAGAUCCGCUAUCUAAUGAUUCAAAAACAGAUGGCGAUGCAGUAGAAGAGGUAUCCAAUUUCUCUAAGACUCCCUCUUUUCCUUCACGCUACUCAGAGCUUAAACCCGAUGAAAGCAAAAUAAAAGAUGUGGUGGAGCUCCUGAUAGACUAUACCUGUAAUAAGCAGAAAAAGAAACUCGAUAAUAUUUCAGCCUUACCUAUUGUUGCAUUAGGAGGUAGUAAGGCUUUA